ACCAUCAGCACCGCGGACAGCGCCCGUCCAAGCAGGCCUGGCACAGCGCACACAGCUGCUACACACCUACACACAACACGCCCCCCCCCAUACACACACACACAACACUCUCUCACCCCCCCCAGAAAAUACUCACACUCAUUCACACACACACACACACACUCCACACUUGCACCCACUCGCUGAUCCCGGCGCUAUGGCAGAGUCCCACCUGCAAGCUUCCCAGCUCACAGCUUCCCAGUUUUUCGAGAUCUGGCUUCACUUCGACGUCGAUGGAAGCGGCUACCUGGAAGGCAAGGAGCUGCAGAACUUUAUCCAGGAGCUGCAGCAGGCGCGCAAGAAAGCUGGAUUGGACUUGUCACCUGAAAUGAAAGCAUUUGUGGAUCAGUAUGGCCACAGCAGUGAUGGAAAAAUAGGAAUGGUGGAGUUGGCUCACAUAUUACCGAUGGAAGAAAACUUCCUGCUGCUCUUUAGAUGCCAGCAGCUGAAGUCAAGUGAAGAAUUCAUGCAGACAUGGAGAAAGUAUGACACUGACCACAGUGGCUUCAUAGAAACUGAGGAACUUAGGAACUUUCUAAAGGAUUUGCUAGAGAAAGCAAAUAAAACUUUUGAUGAUUCAAAAUUAGCAGAAUACACGGAUCUAAUGCUGAAAUUGUUUGAUGCAAACAAUGACGGAAAGCUGGAAUUAACAGAACUAGCCAGGUUACUCCCAGUACAAGAGAACUUCCUUCUUAAGUUUCAGGGAGUCAAAAUGUGUGGAAAAGAGUUCAACAAAGCCUUUGAGCUGUAUGAUCAGGAUGGUAACGGAUACAUAGAUGAAAAUGAACUUGAUGCUUUGCUGAAAGAUCUGUGUGAGAAGAACAAACAGGACUUGGACAUAAACAACAUCUCAACAUACAAGAAAAGCAUCAUGGCUUUGUCUGAUGGAGGAAAGCUGUACCGGACAGAACUUGCUCUCAUCCUCUGUGCUGGGGACAACUAGAAAGGCACGAUUCUGUCCACUUACGGAUGAUACAUUGUAUCCACACAAUAACUGUGCACUAUAAGGGAGUAGGCUGUACUUUCUUUUAUAUCUGUAAAUUUCUGCAGAUAGAUAAUUAUCCAGGAUGUGUGGCACAUUCUUUUCAGUCUGUUUCUAUACUGUUUGUAAUGUACAGUUUUUGUAACUAUAAGACCGAUCGAUAAAAGAAGAAUGUCUGUUUGGGCCAGUCUGUAUAGUCAACAAAACAAAACAUACCUACUCUUGCUUUCAUAAACACAGCUAGACAAGAUUUCAAGCAUACAACCUGCUAGGACCGUUCUGGGAAAAUCAUAGCCUCUGACAUUUGACCUGGAUUCACCAUAGGACAGAAAUAUUACAAAAAACAUCUUCUACAUCCCCCUAUUUCAGGACGGAAUCACAGAACUGUACUGCAAAACAUUUCUAUCCUGCCCCAGUUAGAAAGAAGAAUGCAUUAGUUGACCUAAAGUACUUAUCAAGCUAUCAGUGAACAUCUCAUUAGUACUUCUAUCUGCUUGUGACUGUAUGCACCUGAUAGUUUUGCUAGAGAGGAAGGCUUAUUAAAAAAACCCCAUAAUUUACAUCCUGGUAGAAGGUAUGCCAGAUGUACAUUAUUUGGGAAUCUUCCCCAAAAGAAAUUUUUGAGCUGACUGAUUGAUCUGAUUACUGGUUAACCUGAGUUGGAGACAAAUUUCUGUAAUUUGAUUGGAUGGCAAAGUAAGUAAGGCGGGCCCUGAGGUGACCAUGCAUUUUGUCUGAUUCUCACCACACCUGUCUGAGAAUAUGAUCUUAAUCCAUUUUCUAAACUAUUUUCACAUGUUGCAGAUAAUUAUUCUAGUAAACUGCUGUUUUUACAUCAUAUUCUGUGUAUCCUAUGAUUAAAUUUAAUAUACUAAGAAAA